GCUAGGUGACGACGCCCAAACAGCACCGCUGCGUCACCGCCUGCCGCGGUUGCCGGGGUCCCGGCGGAUCAGGAGUGACGCUGGGAACUCCCGAGCUUGCUGACCCUGGCGUCUGCUCUGGCGGCAGGCGAAGGAUAGAAGGGAGGUUCGGCGGUGGGAGCGCCCCCGGAGCCGGCCGGCAGGGUCCUGACCUGGAAAGAUGGCCUACUAUGGAAAAUGCAUUGAAACUGUGAUUGAACAACUGGACCAACUUAAGCCUGGGGACAGUCCUAAGCAGGUCCUGGAGGCUGCGUCAGCCUCCCUGCAGACUCUGAGCUCCCAGAAGCAGGCGUUCAUUCUGGAGGUUCUGUCCGGGUGCCUUGAGUACCACAGGUUGCUGACCACCGUGGUGGACGCCUUCUACGUGCGGGAUGGCCGCCUCUGCCUGUGGGCUGACUAUAACCUCUUCAAGGUGAUCUGCUAUUUGGCCACUUUCCAACUGGGGGAGCUUGGCUUUCAGCUUUUCUGUGACAUCGUCAAGUCCCAGCCUCUAGACAAGAUGUGCAAGUUCCUCAGGUUCUUCUUCAGCCCCCUGAAUCUGUCCUCGUGGGUCAAGGACGAGUGGAGCCUCGUCUAUGAGGCGGCCUACGUGAAGGAGAACUGGAUUGCACCCCUGAUGAGAUGGCAGCCGGAGGUCCAGGAGCUGAUCAAACAGCUGGAGGCGGUGCUGGCCAAUCAAUCCCCCCUUUUAAAGACCAAGGCUAAGGUCACAGAGCCCAAGGAGUUCAACCUGACCACCCCUAGAUCCCGUGCCAUUCCCAUGCCAGAGCCGGUUCCUGCCGUGGCCAAGCCAAGACCAGUCCCCAGGAGCACCUACCAACAGCCCAAGGAGCAGCACCUGCUGGACAAGACCAAGAGACAUAAUCGCCGGAGGGCAGAGGAGCUGCUGCUGAGAGCCAACGUGGAGGAGAUGCAGUGCGCAGUGCCCAGGUCCCGCAGGGAGCCCCCCACGCAGGGCACAGGUGCCAGUCCCCGACUCCUGCAGGGCUCCAAGAAAAACCUUCAGCUCCGAUUCAUGCCCCGAAUCCUCAAGACUCCAAAGCUGACCUUCUACAGGCCUAAUAACAUCCCCGUCAAGCUGAAUACGGCUGCCAUCCUGAGAGAAGGGGCCUUAUACCAGCGGCAGGUGGAGAGAGAGCUGCAGAGAGUGGAUAGGCUUGUGGACGGGGCCGGGGACUUCUCUGAGUUCCUCGAGUGGCAGAAGAAGAUGCAGGCAAAGGACCGGGAGGAGCAGCUGGCAGCAGGCGAGUGCCGGAGGCUCCUGGGGAAGCUCAGCCACGAGGAGGCCGCGCUGGCCCGGCAGCACCUCGUGCGGGGGAACAAGCAGAAGGCCGACCAGAAGAAGGAGGAGAUGACUGAGCUGAUGCAGCAGUGUGCUGAGAGGCGCCUGCAGGAGGAAAGGUCCAUGAGGGAGCUGGUGGAGCAGGUGACAGAGGCACAGAAGAACGUCAAGGUGGCGCAGACAAGGCUCUUGAAAGGCCGCCAGCAGAUAGUUCAGGAGGUGAUAGAGGAAAGUCGGGAGCUACUGCAGCGCAGUGCAGAGGCAGCCAAGGAGGAGCAGAGACGGCGCUGUGAGCUCAUCUCCCAGCUUCGAGCCCUGGAGACACAGCCCAUGCGCAAGGGCAAACUCGUGGACCUGACCCAGAUCCCUGGGUAUGGCCUGGAAGGGGAGAUGUCCGUGGUGGAGCUGCGAGAGCGGCUGGCCCUGCUCAAGGAUGCCCAGCGGCGCGCAGAGGAAGACAAGCGGGACCAGAUCAUUCAGGACAAGCGCUCCAAGAGCCAGGAACUGCAGAACGUGGUGGAGCAGAUCUCACUGUGCCGGGCGGCCAUGGGCAGGUCUGCGGCCUUAAGGUCAGUACCAGCUUACCCAGGAGCAGGGACCUAGGGGGCAUGGAUCAGCAAGCCUGCCCUGGCACACUCCUGGGUGCCUUCUCUUCUGAACAGCCCACACCCUCCUGCCAAGCAGCCCCCUUGUGCUAAUCCCUUCCUCCUCCUUUUAUUAAACAGUUUUUAGGCUAUGGGAAUGGUGGGAAACCAGGCAGCCAGGGCUCAGAUUCCCGUGACCGAGGUGCUGUCAUUCUGCAUCCAGGUCACGGGUAUGACCUUUGCUGAGUGCUUCAUCUGGCUAGCUAGCAACUGAUCUGUCUUUGCACAACCAUUUGGAAGUAGUUGCAGGCUUCAGAUGCUUCUUACCUAAAGACUUCAGGGUGCAUCUUCCGAAAAAAAAAAGACAUUAUCUUACAUAACUGCAGCACAAUGACAUGACUAGAAAACUUAACAAAAAUUCCCAACAUCAUCUAAAUAUCCUGUCCACGUUUGCAUUUCUCCAGGGGUCCCAAGACUGUUUGCCAUAACUUUUUAUUGAUAUAACUUUUUUCCUUUUUAAACCAGGACCCAGUUGAGACUCACACAGGCAUUUGAUUGCCAAGCAUCUCUACUCUCUUCGUGGAGAGCACAUACUCACACCCCCUUUUUGGUUUUUGUUUCGGGACCACCAUGGUGGCUUUUCCAGCCCCAUGUGGCCAUUCCAUGGCCACUCAGUCAGGCGCAGGUCGGUGUCACCCCCAGAGUCAGGCUGGCCUUAGGGCCCUGGCCCCAUCCCAGGAAAGACAAGGUUGCCCCAGGGGAGGUGGUGCCCAUCCCUGUCACAGUAUACCUGGCUCAGGGUCUGGCAACCAGAGCUCCAGAGAUGGUGUCUAAGUGAGAUGGGAUGGCAGCAUGGACAGAAGGAAGGACAGACACAAAACCCAUCACUAUUGGUCCUGAGUGGCUGCUGCUCUUGUU